UGGCACGGCUUCUGCGGCAGCGGCCAACGGCCGGCGGCCGGCGCGGGGGCGACCCGGUCCGGGUCCUUCCGGGUCCUCGGCCGGCCCGGGGGAGGGCCCUCUUUGUGGCUGCAGUUGGCAAGAUGGCGCCGGUGGGGGUGGAGAAGAAGCUGCUGCUGGGCCCCAACGGGCCCGCGGUGGCGACCGCCGGCGACCUGACCAGCGAGGAGGAGGAGGGCCAGAGCCUAUGGUCUUCGAUCCUGAGUGAAGUGUCCACCCGCGCCAGGUCCAAGCUGCCGUCCGGCAAGAACAUCCUUGUCUUCGGUGAAGAUGGUUCUGGUAAAACAACUCUUAUGACUAAACUACAAGGAGCAGAGCAUGGCAAAAAAGGAAGAGGCCUAGAGUAUCUCUACCUCAGCAUCCAUGAUGAAGACCGAGAUGAUCACACACGAUGCAAUGUGUGGAUCCUGGACGGAGACCUAUACCACAAAGGCCUGCUGAAGUUUGCAGUUUCUGCUGAAUCCUUGCCGGAGACCCUGGUCAUUUUCGUUGCAGACAUGUCUAGGCCUUGGACUGUGAUGGAAUCCCUACAAAAAUGGGCUAGUGUUUUACGUGAGCACAUUGAUAAAAUGAAAAUUCCACCAGAAGAAAUGAGGGAGCUGGAACGGAAGUUUGUGAAAGACUUUCAAGACUAUAUUGAGCCUGAAGAAGGUUGUCAGGGUUCCCCACAGAGAAGAGGGCCUCUGACUUCUGGCUCAGAUGAAGAAAAUGUUGCCCUGCCUCUGGGUGACAAUGUGCUGACUCAUAAUCUGGGGAUCCCAGUGUUGGUGGUGUGCACAAAGUGUGAUGCAGUGAGCAUCCUGGAGAAAGAACAUGACUACAGGGAUGAACACUUGGACUUCAUCCAGUCACACCUACGGAGGUUCUGCCUCCAGUAUGGAGCUGCCUUGAUUUACACCUCAGUGAAGGAAGAGAAAAACCUGGAUUUACUGUAUAAAUACAUUGUUCAUAAAACAUAUGGUUUCCACUUUACCACACCUGCCUUAGUUGUGGAAAAGGAUGCAGUUUUCAUACCUGCAGGCUGGGACAAUGAAAAGAAAAUAGCUAUUUUACAUGAAAAUUUCACAACUGUGAAGCCAGAAGAUACAUAUGAAGACUUUAUUGUGAAACCUCCUGUGAGAAAGCUGGUCCAUGACAAAGAGUUGGCAGCAGAAGAUGAGCAGGUGUUCCUAAUGAAGCAACAGUCACUCCUUGCCAAGCAGCCUGCAACACCCACGAGAGCCUCCGAGUCUCCUGCGAGAGGACCCUCUGGCUCUCCAAGGACCCAGGGCCGGGGUGGGCCAGCCAGUGUGCCCAGUGCCUCCCCUGGCACAUCAGUAAAGAAGCCGGACCCAAACAUCAAAAAUAAUGCAGCAAGUGAAGGGGUAUUGGCCAGCUUCUUCAACAGUCUGUUGAGUAAAAAAACAGGCUCUCCUGGAAGUCCUGGUGCUGGUGGGGUGCAGAGCACAGCCAAGAAGUCAGGACAAAAGACUGUGUUGUCAAAUGUUCAGGAAGAACUGGAUAGAAUGACUCGAAAACCAGACUCCAUGGUAACAAAUUCUUCAACAGAGAAUGAAGCCUGAUCUUCCUUAACAAGUGCAUAUGUCAAAUGACCAAAUAACUAUGUAUAUUGAUCUGCUAAGACCAGGACUUUUCUGAUACAGCACAUGCUAUCAGUUUUUGGGGGUAGGGGAGAUGAACUUUUUUUUAAAAAAAAAUACUUCAUUGGCUUGUCCAAGUGUGAAAUGCACAUUUAGGAAGGUUACAUGUCAGACCCCUUGUUAAGAAAGACCCUUGGGCUCUUGGGCAUGUGGCUCUCUCGUGGGAAGCAAGUGCAGCUGGGCUUCUUGUAGAGCAGAGGAAAAGGGUCUCCUUUCUUUCAGGAUGGAGAAAAUGAGAUCCAGGAAAUCAUUGAUCAGAUGCGGUUAGUCUGACCAGUUGCUUGUUAGCAAAUUCACGUGUUAGCAAAUUCACGUGUUCUUGGGAAGCAGAUUAAGUAGCAGAGAAUCCAGGAGAGAGAAAACUUGCAGGAGAAAUGAGAGAAGUGAUGGUGGGGAAGCUGAAAGUUAAGGGAAGUGGAAGAAGGAGGAGAUGAGCAGUGUUAGUAAAUACUGUGUGUUCGGUAGAAGUUGAAUAAUCAUUGUUUAAGACUUAAAAUUAGGAGCAUUUCCAAACUAAACACUAAGCAAAAUGGGAAUUAGACUUGUUCUGAAUGCAUCUUUACCUUAUGGGAGAUGUGUUAAGUGUGGGGUACCUGAGUCAGGUGGAGCUGACACAGGGUGGGAGGAUGUCAGCUGCCCAGAACCCACAUGCCUGGCCCAAGCCAUGUCCUUGGGAAGAUGCUGGGCUCCACAGAUGUACAUUGUGGGGCAGGCAGUCACUGUGCGCUGUAUUUAAAGUCAGCAGAUACAACAUUGAAUUUCUUUGAUUUGUGUUUUCUAAAUAGCUUCUGCUUUGUUUUUUAAAUUAAAUUUAUUAUUUUUUUUUUUACUACACAGGCUGGCCUAAUGUAGAAAAUGGGUGAUUGACCUCUCAUUUUAUCAUAAUGCAGUAUGCUGUAGAAAAGUUUGGGGAGGUUUUUAAUGUCAUUGAACUCUGGCUAAUUGGCUUGCACCAGUCCCUGCCUUAUAAUUUGUGGAAACCUUCAUGAGUUCCACUGAUGCAAAAGGGUCAUGUCCAAACUCCCUGGUCUGAUUAGUGCUAUCAGAUGGACAGAUAGUGUGGGUGUUUUAUAUUGAAAUGAAAAUGAUAAUUUUUUGUGUGUUUUUCAUAAAAUGUGGCUUUUUUUCCUUACGGAAAUGAGAUUUCAGGUGUCUCCCAUUUAGGGCAUAUUCAUGCACAUUGUCAUGUCACACCACCAUUCUGGGAAUGAUUUCUGUGGAUUUGAAAUGGCACUUUUAAUUUUUUAUGGCACAGAGCAUGUAAAUGCAAACACUACCAUGAAUUUAAUGUAUAAAACAUUUGUUGUUAAACCAAGGGAAAAACCACAGUUCACUUAUGUGGAGUUUACUUUUUUUUUUUAUAUGAAUGUUUGUUGUACUCUGUCUCAGCCUAACUUCCCUGAUGUCAGUACUUUCACAUACCAGAUUUGACUGACCACUAAUUCAGUACUGUGCAUAACUCAACAUCCUGUGUUAUAGAACAAGACUCUUGACGGUCUUGAAUUGCUUUUGUAAAGGUCUGAACACUGUUAAGGAGACAGUUGAAUAUUUACUUGCCUUUCUGACAAACAGAAAGAUGUUUCUUGUGCCAGUUUUUUUGUUGAAAUAUAAUAUUUUUCCUUUUUUAAUUCAGUUUUUUAAAACAUUGGCUUCCAAUUACCAGGUUAUUAGAUGAUGACAGUAAACUGACUGUGGAGUGACAGUUGUGGUAUAGUGACCAUUAGAUGCCAAACAGUUUAUGGCCACACUACUAAAGGUGGGGUCACUUAAUCUCUCUGUAGUAGCCAGGGGCAAGAUGAGUGGCCUCAGAAAGGAGAAGGAAUUGUUGGAGAGGGGAGUGCCUGAGAGGGACACAGUGUGACUUUACAUUUUAAUGCACAAUUUAAAGUUUUUAUCAUUUGAACUGAUAAGCACUUUUUGUGUCAAUGUGAAAUGUACUAAAACCAAUUAAGUGCUAAGACACCAGUCUUGUGAAGGAUGGUUUCUUGGAGACCACUCUUAUUCUUAUGAUAAGUGGUUGCUCCUGGUACCAGAAAAAAGCUGAGGCAUAGCGCUCAGUGGUUGCCAAAGUCUACCAACUCUGGGGAGUUCCAGGGUUCUUUUAGGGGAGGUGGGAGGAGGACAAAUCACUUUUGUUAUUUUGGAUUUUCAAGCAUUGGAACCAAAGGCCAAAUAAUAAACAGCCUUUACUUUUUAAAGUAAAAUUCAUUUUCUUUGCAGAAUUCACUUGUAUGGUAGACUGUAACGACAAUUUUAUGACUAUUUAUACAUAUUGCAACGGUUACAUCUGCUGUUUGUCUUUAAAGUGGAAAAAUCAAUGAAAAAUAAGCCCAGUCUAGAAAAUGUGGCCCAGACAAGGGCCACGAAUUAGUCUUUCCUAAAAAUGCAACAAGUAUGCUGCUAGAUUAUUUUAUUUUAUUUGCACUUCUUUUGAUUGGCAUUUUAAAAUCAGUAUUUAAACUGAAGACAUUGUUUUAUUAAUUUUACAAAGUUGAAAGUGACUGCUCAUCAUGACCUUAACAAUGUUGAUGCUGUAAGUGAAAGUUCACUGUCGUCUGUAUGCUAAGUUUAUUAGUGUUUUUAACUUAAAAUUAGGACUGCAGAUGAUCCCCCACCAGCCUUAGUCCAAGGGGUGUGGCUCUACAUGGGUGCAGUAUGCAGUCUUGUGGAACCUUGCUUUCUAGUGCUGGAAAAAAAAAAAAGAUGUCUCUAACUACUGGCUUCAAUAAACAAGAAUCCAGACCGCUU